AUGUUUUUAAAGCUUUUAUUGUUGCUGUUGCGCAAGAAUAUUGUAACAGCGUGGCGUGGAAAGGCUUGGAUAUUUGCGGAAAUUUUUCUUCCGCUUUUGUUGAUGGUUCCAUACACUUAUUUCGGAUUUGAGAAACCUGCUAUAGUUCCAGCCGAAACAUUCGAAUCAUUUCGUGUUACUGGUGACUGGAGAGAUUUUAAGAGACAUGUUGGUCGUUUAUCGACAAUUUACAAGACUUUGUGCUUGAGAAGCAAGUAUAUUGGAAUAGCAUUCAGUAAUGGGACUGGAAAUGAAAAAGAAUUAAGAUUUAUUGCGGAUAAACUGGAAAAAAGAUAUAAUAAUGAAAUGUUGGGUGAUUUUAAUAUAACAGUAAGAAUAUUUGACACAAGUAAAACGCUUGAUGCAGAACUUGUCAAAGAUAAUGCAACAUGUGGCAAAUAUAUGGGUGGAAUUGUUUUUAGUGAAUUCAACUCACGAUUAUCUUACAAAAUCCGAUUAUCUAGUCCAUUUGGAUCGUGGUAUACUGGUAAUGAAAUUUGGAAAUAUGGCGAUCCAUUUACAAUUUUGAAUGAUCAUAAUCCUGUCCCUGGCACUCCCAGUUACUGGUCAAGUGGAUUCUUGUCAUUGCAAUUUGCACGAGGGAAUUCCACAUUUGGGCAGAAUUAUAUUCUUAGAUUGGAAAGAAUGCCGGAACCAGAACACUUUGAUAAAUCGAUAAAUUUUUUUUUAAGCUUGUUGGUAUUUUUCUGGUUUCUUGCUUUGAUUCCAUUUGUUAUUCAUUCUACAGCAAAAGUUGUAGCUGAAAAGGAGUCAGGAAUGAUGGCAUAUUUGAUGGUAAUGGGACUUCGUCCAUCUGUUUAUUUUACUUCGCAUUUCAUAUUUGCUCUUGUUGAAGUUUUCCUAAUAUUAAUUCCUCCUUGUAUUAUCCUUUUGUUUGGUCUUAUCCUGAUAUCAUGGAGUCUCUUUAUCAUUGCAAUUUUAAUCUAUGGAAUUGGGUUGGUAAGUUUCGUGAUGCUUAUGUCAACGAUGUUCCAUUCUUCUACUACAGCAUUGAAAGCUUCUCUUCUCAUCUGGUUUUUGUCCAUAGGUCUGCCAUUUUAUAUCCAAUCAAUUUUCCAAUCAUUUAAUGCCUAUUUUUAUUAUAAUGUUAUAGAAUUAGAAUUAGAAUUAUUGAAUCGAGAUCUAGCAAUAUUAUAUUCUACUAACUAUGGUAUUUUUCUUCAUUCUCUAAAUAUCAAUGCUGCAUUCUACAGAGCUAUUGAAGCUGUACAAAAUUAUUUACAGAGAGAUACGUAUCUUGGUUGGGAAAACUGUUUUGAUGGCUCAUCUUCACCAUUUCCUUUUGGUUUAUCGCUGAUUAUGAUGAUUAUUGAUAUAAUAUGGAUGAUUCUGCUUGCUUCAUAUUUGAGUCAAGUAUAUCCUCCCGGAGAAAUUCCUGCCAAAAGCUUUUUCUUUUUCCUGCCAUUCUGUAAAAAAGAAGAAAUGACAUUGGAAAAAAUGGAUGAUAGUACGGAUCGAAUGAACGUGUCGAAUGAAAAUAUCCAGAUUGAUGAACGGGGAAUUGAGCUUGCCGAUAUUGAUAUACGAAAUCUAACAAAAAAGUAUUCAACUUUAAAAGCUGUUGAUGCAUUGUCAUUUAAAGCUUAUCGUGGAAAUGUCACUGUUCUUCUCGGGCAUAAUGGUGCAGGCAAAAGUACCACAUUCUCAAUGAUAACGGGUGUUUCAAAGCCAACAUCUGGUAUCGUGCGUAUAUGUCGAGAAGUACUUAGCUCAUCGUCAUUGACACAUUGUCAAAAGAACGUUGGCUAUUGUCCGCAAUAUAAUCCCAUAUUUGACUUACUUACUGUGCGUGAACAUUUGGAAUUUUUUCGCAAAUUAAAGAAUAAUCGAGAUAACUUUAUUGAUUCAUUAAUCAAUGAAGUAGGGCUUGGCGAUAAAGCAAAUGAGAUCGCAAAGAAUCUAAGCGGUGGCAUGAAAAGGAAAUUAUGCGUUGCAAUGUCUCUAAUUGGAGGCAGUCAGAUAGUAUUGUUAGAUGAACCGACAGCGGGUAUGGAUCUUGGCUCAAGACAUAUGAUUCGCGAUUUGUUAGAACGUUAUAAAUGUGAUAGAACUAUAUUAUUGACUACGCAUUAUAUGGAUGAAGCAGAUGCCCUGGGCGAUAGAAUUGCGAUCAUGGUCAAAGGUAAAUUGGUUUGUUCUGGUACAUCGGAAUUCUUGAAAGCUCGUUUCGGCACUGGUUAUUUAUUAGCAGUCGAUUUGAAAGAUCCUACAAAUAUUACAAACCGUAGGGAUUCCAUUAUGAAAGCAGUUCAGUGUUUCGUUAAUAGUGCUCGGAUCCAAUCUGCUUCAGCACAUCAGUUGACGAUACUUCUACCAACUGAACACAAAAAAAAAGUUGGUGAAUUUGCGAAUCAGGAUGCAAUAAAUUAUGAUGGAAUUGAUUUCGCAAAACGUCACGCUUCAAAAUUAUGCAAUCAUUCUCAUUAUUUCGAAAAUCAUAUGGUUUUAUUUUUGGUUCAAAUUUUUGCACUUAUUCGAAAACGGGCCGUAUGUUAUAUUCGCAAGCCUUCUCGUCUAAUUUCUCAAUUUUUUAUUCCACUUCUUUUAUUCAUUAUGACAUCUUUCGCCAUGAAAACUACAGUGUACACACUGAACGAAGUGAAAUUAAAUCCCGAUAAGCUUGUACCAUCUGUGGUAUUGUUGCAAUUCGAUCGAAAGUUGCCCCUCCUUGAGAAUUCGUUCACAAAUUUCUUAAAUGGUAUUAAGGGAUAUGAAACGAGAUAUGCUAAUUUACAAGCUAACCUUUCUGAAAUUAUUCUGCAAACGCCUAAGGUAUUGCCGCCGCUUGCUCUUGUUUUUUCAACUUCAUUAGAAGGCGAUCAUAUAAAAAUCGUAGCUUUUUUUAAUGGGAAAGCUAUACAUGGGCCGGUUAUUGCCAUGUCGCUGGUUCACAAUGUUUUGCUCUCAAAAGAAGCAGGUCCAAUAACAUUAUCACUUUUACCUUAUGAGCAGGAAAAAAGAUCAACGAUAUUCGUUUCUGAAAAUGGACAGUCAGUAAUAGUUUAUUGGAUAUCAAUAUUUAUUCUCUCUCUCAUUUCGUCCGGAUUUAUUUCAUUUCUUGUAGAUGAACGUAGCAGUAAAUUUCUUUAUCAGUGUUUUAGUGUCAUGCUGCUUUGGUUGUUAUAUUUUUGGUCGGUUAUGCCCUUCACUUAUUGUGCUUCACUAUUAUUUUUAAAUUCUACCAAGGCUUAUGCUGCCGUGAUGUCUCUCAACUUGGUUGUAUCGCUGGGUGCUCUUCUUAUUGUACAAGGGCUAUCAUUAUACAACCCUUCUCUUAUAGGGUAUAUUGAUUCACCAUUGCUUAUUUUAUUGCCUUCUUAUGCAUAUCUGAAUGCUUUAAUUUCACUGGUUGAAGCAGAGUUUGCAGAAGUCGAAAAUAUUUAUCAAUGGAAGUUGCUUGGUAGGACAAUUACUUUUAUGUGUAUAUCAGGUGUUGCAUAUUGGUUUUUACUUGCUGCAUCUCAGUCUCGUCGUUUCUGUUUAUUCUUGGCUUCAAUAUGGAAUAUGAACUUUCAUCGUAAUACUAUAACAGAAGGAUUUAUUGAAGAAGAUGUUGAUGUUAUGACAGAACGUGAACACAUGGAACGGACAGCGAAUUGCGAAUUAGCAUUAGCUGUGCGUGGUAUAAGCAAAUAUUAUGGCCGUUUUUGUGCUGUUAACAAUCUUACAUUUGGUGUCCGACCAGAUGAAUGUUUCGGUUUACUAGGAGUUAACGGAGCCGGGAAGACUUCAACAUUCGAUAUAUUAACUGGAACAUCAUUUUGUUCAAAUGGAAAGGCUUUUCUUAAUGGGCAUUCAUUUAAUGGUAAUCAGAGAAUUGGUUUUUGCCCACAGUUUGAUGCGCUUUUGGACUAUCUUACUGCGAAAGAAAUCUUGCAAUUAAUGGCAUCUCUUUGUGGAUUUACAGAUGUUAAUCAACGCGUUCAAAGUGUCCUAGAAGCAGUUCAUUUAAUACCACAAGCUAAUAAUAUUGUCAGAUGCUACAGCGGUGGACAAAAACGACGUUUAAGUCUUGGUAUAGCAUUAAUAUCGCAAGCCCGUUUAAUAUUGCUUGAUGAGCCUACUGCUGGAAUCGAUCCAAAAGCUAGGCGACAGAUCUGGGAUGUACUUACAGCUAUGAGAGAUAAAGGUUGUGCUAUAUUGUUAACAUCACAUAGUAUGGAUGAAUGUGAAGCUCUUUGUUCCCGCAUUGGAAUAAUGCAUCAUGGAUCUCUUAUGGCAAUUGGCAGCCCACAACAUAUUAAGUCAAGGUUUUUAUUUUCUUUUAAAUUUUCUUUGGUAUUUUUGAGGUUUGGUGAAGGUUAUACACUCACGGUUACAUUGAAAAGUAAAGCAGGAAAAGACGAUGUUAUUCAAUCUGUUAAACGAUUAUUUCCGGAGUCAUCAUUUAAAACUUUAACGCAUCCACUCCAUUUAGUAUGGCACAUUGGAAGAAGGGAUGGCGACAGCAAAUGGUUUUUUCAAAAUCUUUUCUUUGUACUAUUUUUUAAUCUGGCUGCUUUUAGAUGGUCAGUUUUUUUUGAGAAGGCAGAUCAUUUGGCCUCAAUGCAUUCUUGUAUUGCUGAUUAUUCGUUUGCACAAGCGACCCUCGAAGAAGCUUUUUUACGAUUAUCUCAACAAGGAGACGACCAUAUUGAGCGAGUCGAACGCCAUGUACUGCCUCUGUCUACUUUGCUAUAA